AUGGAGGAAUACAACGUGACAUACGAAUCGCUGGACGAUAUGAUGAAUCAGUCGGAGAGUAACUACCAGCCUUAUUAUGAAAGGCCGGAGACAUACAUAGUGCCGUUAAUAUUCGCACUGAUUUUCGUCAUUGGAGUAGUCGGCAAUGGGACUCUAGUAGCCGUGUUUGUUCGCCACAAAGCUAUGAGGAAUGUUCCUAAUACGUACAUCCUCUCACUGGCAUUGGCAGAUCUCCUGGUUAUCAUCACAUGUGUGCCAUUCACCUCCAUCGUGUAUACAGUGGAGUCGUGGCCCUGGGGAGCCACCGUCUGCCGCGUGUCAGAAGCAGCGAAAGAUGUCAGCAUUGGCGUAUCAGUAUUCACGCUGACAGCUUUGUCAGCUGACAGAUACUUCGCCAUUGUUGAUCCGUUGAGAAAGCUACAUGCUACAGCCGGCAGCGGUUACGAUAAUCCGGAAAAUGUAGAAGCUUUUCCUCGUACCUUUGCCGUACUGGCACUGCACACGGCAAUCUGGUACAUGUGGAUAUAG